CAGGAUCAGGGAGCCGAUGUGGAAUUUCCUGCCCGGCCCGGCGCCCCUCCUGCCGCCCCCCGCCCGGCCUCGCACUCCGCUUCCGGCCGCCCUUGCCGCGGCCGUACCCGCGCCCACCCGCGCCUGCCCCGCGCCUCAUGGAGGGCGCAGGGUCCCGGGGGGCCGGGCCGGCGCGGCGCCAGGGAGCCCGAGGGCCGCCGCUGCUGCUGCUGCUCUGGCUGCUGCCCGGUCUCGCGGCGCCCCAGGACUUGAACCCGCGAGGCCGCAACGUGUGCCGCACGCCCGGUUCCCAGGUGCUCACGUGCUGCGCUGGCUGGAGGCAGCUGGGGGAUGAGUGUGGGAUCGCGCUGUGUGAAGGCAAUUCCACGUGCUCAGAAAAUGAGGUGUGCGUGCGGCCAGGCGAGUGCCGCUGCCGACAUGGCUACUUCGGUGCCAACUGCGACACUAAGUGCCCGCGCCAGUUCUGGGGCCCCGACUGCAAGGAGAGGUGCAGUUGCCACCCGCACGGACAGUGCGAGGACGUGACCGGACAGUGUACGUGUCACGCGCGCCGCUGGGGUGUGCGCUGCGAGCAUGCUUGCCAGUGCCAGCAUGGCACGUGCCACCCGCGGAGCGGCGCGUGCAGGUGUGAGCCAGGCUGGUGGGGUGCACAAUGCGCUAGCGCGUGCUACUGCAGCGCUACUUCGCGGUGCGAUCCACAGACAGGCGCUUGCCUGUGCCACGCAGGCUGGUGGGGCCGAAGCUGCAACAACCAGUGCGCCUGCAACUCGUCGCCCUGCGAGCAGCAGAGCGGCCGCUGCCAGUGUCGCGAGCGCACGUUCGGCGCGCGCUGUGAUCGCUAUUGCCAGUGCUUUCGUGGUCGCUGCCACCCGGUGGACGGCACGUGCGCCUGCGAUCCGGGCUACCGGGGCAAGUACUGUCGCGAGCCAUGCCCCGCUGGCUUCUACGGCCUGGGCUGUCGCCGUCGGUGUGGCCAAUGCAAAGGCCAGCAGCCGUGCACAGUAGUCGAAGGCCGCUGUCUGACGUGCGAACCCGGCUGGAAUGGAACCAAAUGUGAUCAACCCUGCGCCACCGGUUUCUACGGCGAGGGUUGUGGCCACCGCUGUCCAUCCUGCCGCGACGGGCAUGCCUGCAACCAUGUCACCGGCAAGUGUACACACUGCAAUGCGGGCUGGAUCGGCGACCGGUGCGAGACUAAGUGCAGUAAUGGCACUUAUGGUGAGGACUGUGCCUUCGUGUGCUCUGACUGCGGCAGCGGCCACUGUGACUUCCAGUCCGGGCGCUGCCUUUGCAGCCCUGGUGUUCACGGACCUCACUGUAAUGUAACUUGCCCGGCCGGGCUUCACGGCGUGGACUGCGCCCAGGCCUGCAGCUGUCACGAGGAAUCAUGCGACCCGGUCACUGGUGCCUGCCACCUGGAGACCAAUCAGCGCAAAGGUGUGAUGGGCGCGGGCGCGCUGCUCACGCUGCUCCUCGGCCUGCUGCUCUCGCUGCUCGGUUGUUGCUGUGCCUGCCGGGGCAAGGACUCGGCGCGCCGGGAGCUCACCCUUGGAAGGAAGAAGGUACCUCACCGCUUUUGUGGAAGCUUCAGCCGCAUCAGCAUGAAGCUGCCCCGAAUCCCUCUUCGCAGGCAGAAGCUGCCCAAAGUCGUAGUGGCCCACCAUGACCUAGACAACACGCUCAACUGCAGUUUCCUGGACCCACCCUCCGGGCUGGAGCAGCCCUCUCCAUCGUGGUCCUCCAGGGCCUCCUUCUCAUCAUUUGACACCACAGAUGAAGGCCCUGUGUACUGUGUGCCCCACGAGGAGGCAACUGCCGAGAGCCGAGACCCAGAAGUUCCUGCAGCUCUCACUGAGGUGUCCGCUGUGUCCCUGGCGCCCACGGGCACUUCGUCGCCCGGGGAGGAGGCAGUGGCCCUCCCUGCAUCCUCAGACAGCGAGCGCUCGGCUUCAAGCGUGGAGGGACCGGGCGGGGCGCUGUACGCGCGUGUGGCUCGACGCGAGGCCCGGCCGGCCCGGACCCGAGGUGAAGCUGGGGGCUUGUCACUGUCCCCGUCGCCCGAGCGCAGGAAGCCGCCGCCACCCGACCCUGCCACUAAGCCUAAGGUGUCCUGGAUCCACGGCAAGCAUGGCGCCGCGGCCGCUGCACCGUCGCCGCCGCCCGCAGGCCGCAAGGCAGCGCCGAGCCCUAGCGGAAGGAAACGGACCCCCAGCAACACGUCGGUGCAGCCCCCCGGCCUGAGCGAGGAGGCCCCCGGCCCGGCCUUACCCACGCCGCCCCGCGCCCGAGCGCGCGGCCGCGGCCCGGGUCUUCCGGAGCCCACGGACGCAGGAGGUCCCCCGCGCAGCGCGCCCGAGGCCGCCUCUCUGCUGGCAGCCGAGCUGCGCGACAAGACUCGCAGCCUGGGCCGCGCCGAGAAGCCGCCGCCGCCGCAGAAGGCCAAGCGCUCCGUGCUUGCGGCCUCGACGGCCCGCGCGGCCUCGGCUACCGAGAAGGCGGCGGCCAGCGCCUCUGUGCCCGAGACCCCCCGGAAGAAGACCCCCAUCCAGAAACCUCCUCGGAAGAAGAGCAGGGAGGCGGCGGGGGAGCCGAGCAGGGAGGCGGCGGGGGAGCCGAGCAUGGCGGGUGUGGCCACCGGAGCUUCCUAGGCUCGCGGCCCCCGGAGCCACCGCGUUUCUCACCAUCUUUCCCCGCACCGCUGCAGUGAAGGCAUUUCACUGGCCCGAGGGCCCAGCGCCCGCCCGAGCCUGUGUCUGAUCGGCCCAGGCUCCAGCAGCCGCCGCCUCGGAUCUGAUCUCGGGCUUCGCAGACACUUAGCUGGCUACCCGCUCCCACUAGCAAUGUUGUGGAGCAUUUUUAGCAAUCUGCGUCUCGCUGGCCAUGGCUUGGAGAGCCUACAGACUUCUUACUGGCCGAGAAGAGUGUUCUUGGCUGGGCCACCUUGUCAUUGGCCAACGCCAGCAGAGCUUCUGCCUCUUGGCUGCCUCUCAUUUGCCAAGGCCUGGCGCCUAUGGCUGUAGGGUCUUUUUCUUUGAAGAUAGUCAGAGGUUGCUUCCAUUAACUGGGCUCCCGAGUAUCUGGUUGACCCGAAUCUGGGGAGGAGAGCUGGUCUCUGCUCCUCAGGGGGCUCAGCCCAUGUUUGUCCCCUUCCCACCCACGCCAGCCCUGGUCCCUCAGCCAUCAAGCUGGUUUUGAUGGCUUCCUAUCACCCCACGAGGGAAUCCCAGGGGCUUCUCUGGUGGCCUUAGAUGUAUUUAUAGGCCCCGGACAGGGCUUCUCCCAUCCCAUCUGGAGCCUUCAGGAUGGGCUCCUGGCAGGCCAAAGCUUUCUUUAAUAAAAUGCUUCUUCCCACUUCCA